CUGAAUACAAGAGGCAGCAGACACCUCAACACCAUGUUGUCAGCAACUUUCAAACUGUGCUGUGGGAUCUCACAUGAGCACCUUCGAAAGAUGACUGGUUUGAAGAGAAUGGCUCUCUCAGCUAUUGGGCAUGACACAAGAGGAUUCAUGUCAAAAGGAUCUCACUGCCUGUCUUCUACAGUUCCUAAUUAUAUUCGGAGGAUAAUGUGGGAGGACCCUGCUGUGGGUCAAGAACAUGGCUCUGAUGUUAACUCCAGCUGGUUUUCAAACAUGGAGCUUUCCUAUGUGAAUCAAGCGGAAGCCACCCUGCGUGGAGCUUUAGGGAUACUGCAACAGCAAGAUGGCUGGCAGACAGAAACCUACCAGGGAAAAGGAGAGUUGGUGCUGAGUACAGUUCUUCCUAGGCUUGGCAAAGUCUUCCGAAUGGAGACGGUGCUGGGGGUUCCAGUGGACCAGCUAUACUAUGAACUGUUUGAGAAGCUGGAGCAAAUGCCUGAGUGGAAUCCUACCCUUAGUCGAGUCAAGAUCCUCCAAAGAAUUGGGGAGGACACCCUGUUGACUCACGAGAUCACUGCUCAGCGCCCUGGGAACCUCAUUGGCCAAAGGGACUUUGUCAGUGUACGGCAUUGCUGGAAGAAGGAGACAACUGUGUAUCUGGUUGGCACUGCAAUCCACUCCGAGUUCAUGCCCAUGCAAAAGGGGCAAGUAAGGGCUGAGUCUGGGUUGAGCUGCAUUGUUCUGCAACCACUGGAAGGUGACCGAUGUCAGACUCGCUUCACCUGGCUCCUGAGCAUGGACCUCAAGGGAUGGCUCCCCAAGUCCAUUAUCAACCGUGUCAUACCUCAGUCUCAAGUGGACUUUAUCAGACACCUACGCCGGCACCUUUCCACCACAGCACAGCCGUGAGCUUCUGGGAGGAUGGACUCUCUCACAGCACAAGGCUGCCAUAAAGGGAGAAGGAGGCUGCAGGAAACAAGGGCUAGGCCUGUGCCUUUCAUGUUUACUUAAACGCGGCUACAGCAAAGGUGGCAUUACAACUGGAGAUCGGCUGAAAAGCAAAAUUCUGAUCCUGGCGUCAAACACCCCAAAGCUUGGAGGGUGCGCAGCUGCAGCGCAUUGUAGGGCUAGGGCCUAUAGGGAUGGUUUGGGCUUCUCUCUUCUUACGUCUUUCUCUGUCCAGAGCUGGACUGGGCAGCGGCCCCAGCAGCCAGCAACAUACAAGUUGCGUUCCGGGUAGCUUGUAACACUAACAGGAGCUUGGUUAGGGGCUGUGUUCGGAAGUGUGGGAUGUCAUUGAAAUAAUCUCUGCUCCCUAGCACUACAUUCUGCCCAAAUGACAAGGCACUUGCCUACAGAGCCUAAGGAUUACCCCUAAGGGUGAGCUCCCCACUUCCUGUGCUAGAACAGUAAUAUGGGGUCUGGCUCCCUCUAGUGGUAUGUCAGCUCCUUCCACAGGACCGACAAGGUAUUUUAUACUUUUUCAUAUUAACUUCUGUUUAUGAAGCAGAGUUUGUUUCUCUGCUUUAGUCCGUUGCCAGUUUCAUCUGACACUGAAACACUUGGCUGCUGGUCUUUGGCUUGAACUGGUCAGUCACCUUUUCUUUAGAAAGUCUAAACUCAUUUUUAUUUUUCUCUAAUUUGAUGGUACCAGAUAUUAAGAGGGAAGCUUCAAUCCCCAGAGCCCUAGGCACUGUCUUGAUUGGCAAAAAGGGUGUGUUUUUCAAACACGUUAGCCUGUGUCUUGACAGAACUUUCCAGUCUUAUUAAGCUAACACAUUUGAAGCCAUGUUAGCAGGCUGUGCAGUAGUCAAGGAUGUAGUCAAGGUUAAAACAGGGCCAGGUAACAUGGCUUCAAACAUUUGAGCCUACGUCCUGAUGGGGCUCUCCAAUCAUGUUAAGCCAAGUUGAAUGAGGUAAGACACUUUUUUUCCAUCAAGGCAGAGCCCUGACAACUAAACUGUACAGAGAAGAGGGACAGAAUUGCAGUGAAUUACAAA